AUGAGGAGCAUAUUGGAAGAGUCGAUGCUGGAAACGCGCAGCAUGCCUCUCGAAAAUCGACCGCGACUUCCCCGCAUACCCCUUAGCAAGCGAAAUCGGGCUAUCGUGCGGGCUCUUAACCCAAUGCUGGUGACCUAUUUGGAAGCCAGCCGGGACCUUUGCGAGACGGAUUCAAUUCUUUUUAGCGCCGCACUGGCAGUAUGCCGUAUUAUUGGCGCCAAACUUCCCGUGGCUGGACGUGCUACUCAAAAAAUUAGCGCCAUCCCAGCCUGGAGAAAAAGAAUUGAGGACCGUAUCGCAAAGGCAAGAGCCCUUAUCGGCAGACUAACAAGCUUCAGGUCGGGUAAUAAUAGACCGAGGAUUAUGCGCACCGUUAGGAUGGCGUUUGCUGGGACAAAUAUCAGUUUGUUCCAACCGGAUAUCACGCAAAAACUAACGGAGCGCAUAGAUGACCUGAAGCAAAAAAUCGCUGCUUGGGGGAAGCGGAUUCGACGAUUUAGCGAGAGGUCAAGGCGGUUCAACCAGAAUCGUCUCUUCCAAAGUGAUCAGAAGAGGCUCUAUAAAUCAUUGGAGCGACCAGAGGUAUGUGGAGCGGGCCCAGGACCGGAUCAGGCCGAUACUGUCGCAUUUUGGCGUGGCCUGUGGUCAGAGCCCGUAAACCACAGCGAGGGCCCUUGGAUGGAAGUUGUGGCGAGCCAGAGUGCAAGUGUUACGCCUAUGGACCUCGUCACCAUAACGCCUGAAGACGUGGCUGAGGCGGUCCGUAGGGCCCCGAACUAG